AAAAACCAUCAAGGCGGAGUGGAUAGGGCGAUCGGAAUAUUGCUAUAUCUAGGUUGGAUCUUUCCAUCGAGCUCAAGCUGACUGAGUGCUGUUGUUUGUUUUUUUUUUAUAGCCCAAGAUCCGUUCCGCAAACCGUUCAAGUGUUUGCUACUUUUCGUUUUCGCUUUCUAUUUUUAGGACGCCAGCCGGCUAGUGCCAUUGCUCUUUAACUCACUCCGGCCGUCCGGAUGCUUGGCUUGCGCGAAGCACACCGGCGCUAUGCGCAACAACAACACCCCCGCCAUGAACAGCUAAAAGAGCCGACCAUCAAAUUAAGUGUCGGACCUGCAACAGUCAGACGGACAUCACGUCUACUGCAAAGACACAGCGGCAAAUAUAACUACGACAACAACAACAACAACAAACUCAGCGACGACGUCGUCGUUACCCGUCGAUUGUUGUACGGCAUAAAAAGAGACAUAGUAAGAGAGUGUAUACUGUGUAAAAGAUAAAUGAUUCAAUUGUGUGAACGAUUCUCCGCGGUGUUGUUAAAAAAGAAACUGUAGCACGGUUCCAAUAGGACACCAGAAGUGCGACGUUUGCCCGCCAUUGGUAUUGGCUUGUCAUCUGAUAGCUAGGCUGGAAGUUAUGGAGUGUCCUCGGGACACAAAAAGUGUCGUAGGAGAAGUUCACCUCAUGGAAGAAGACAAUGACGAAAAUGAAAUUCUUGUAGAUGCUAACGGUCUGGAUAUUCCCCCCGGUGAAAUAUCCGUCUAUAAAGAUCCGAGUGGUGAAUUAGUUCUUGUCGUGCAUACGGACGACGCUGAGUCGAGUUCAAAGAAAGCAUCCGACCAAGUUACAUCUUCUAGCUUCGGGGUCGCUGAAGCAGUAAGGGGUCACACCGAUCUCACUACCGUUGAUGCGCCGGAAAACAGCCAAAGCGAGGUAAGUUCCCAACAUUGUGUAACAGCCGUUGAGGGCUUGCGAUCACCAUCAAGUCAGCAUAACGAACACGACGAAGUAGAAGCUUUAGACCAACGUCAGGCUGAUCGAACAAAGGCUGUCCCGAUUGUUGACGAACCCAUGGAGAUAGACAAUGACACGCAGUUUCCGGUGGAAACCAUGGAUUCAGAUUCGGCCAUGGCAACGCAAGACACUUCGCUUUCUACGGAGUCGCCUACAGAAAAUGUCCAUCCCGGGAGUGGGGAAGAGAUGGGAGAGGUUUUGCAGCAUGAAGAAGUUCAGGAAUCAUUACAGUCCAAAGCCGUUGAGAAGUCAGGGGGUCAGAACGAUACUGUAAACGUGGUGUUAUCAAAUUCGGAGGAAACGAUGGCCGAAGGGCCAUGCAAAUUCGCGGAAACGCCCAAAUCUUCGGAGAUAUCGCGGUCAAGCAAGGCAGCAGACACCCCUGGACCUAUCAUAAAAGUAGAUAUAUCACUGUCUUCUAAAGAGGUAGAGGAGUAUUCGUCGGAUGGGGACACAAAUACCGCACUGCCGGCUGCAGACGGUGGAAGUCCCACACUAACUAGUGAGGAUGGCCACUCCUCACUCAAAAGGGAGGAGGCAAGUGAAAAUGAGGUAGUUACCAAGCCGUCGACAGGUAUUGAAGUUACGGUCAAGUCAACUACAAGCGAUACUGACAAGGCUGCAGGAGAAACGACAGAGGACGAUUAUCUAGGGCAAAGUAGCCAGCCAGUGCAACGAUUUGACGAUGAUGAUAAGGCGACUGCCGAAUUACCUGGGGGAAGCUUUGCUCCGCUUUUGAUAUCGGGGAAACCGGAUGAGAAUCUGCUAAUCAAUAACAACAACAAUAGAGAAAACAAGGGCCACCCAGAAUCGAAAGCUAUGGAGAUUACACCAAGCAGUGAAGACGCGAUGGGGGUUGAUGAAGAAUCAGCAAACGCAGCUUCAUCCGGCGAUGCAGAAUUAUUGGCCGAAACUAGCCCUAUAUUGAUGCCCGUGAGCCACACAGUGGAUAUUGAGGAGUCCAGGAAAGAAAUACCAUUUGCCCCUCUGGACCAAUCGAGUAAGCAAAGAGUUUUGUCCGGUGUUGCUUCAGAUCGUGGUGAGCAAAAGACAGACGAAAUUGAAGAACCACCUAAAAAGAAACGCGGAAGGCCACCUAAAAAGCAGCAUCAGCGAGGUGAAGGCGAUAGGAAAGGACUACUCGAUGGGUCGGCAAUAAGCGCUUUAGCGCAGUCCCAGCCGGGCAACACCUUUCACAUAAGGAAAGCCAAUACCGACAACGGUGAUAGUAAAGAGGCUCCCCGUCGCUCUGGGCGCGAGCGUCAAGUGAAACGGUAUGAGGAUUACAUAGAGGAUAACUGGGACGACGAUGGUGAGGACGGCGAAGAGGGCGAUGGACUAACGGCUCGGGAACGCAAGGAGUUGGACAAAAAGCUGCGAAAACAACGGAGCCUCAGUGGUAGACUUGGCCAUGGGACGUCUCGUAAUGCUGCCAGCUGGGUGAAAAAAUGCAAUAUAAUAAUUGGCGAGACUGCCACCAGGGAUGGUUCAAAGUUCAAGACUAAGAAGGCGGAACCUGUCCAGCAAAUUGAGCAAGCUCCACCGCGACCAUCACAGGCAGUUAUUCGAUAUUAUUUGCCCAAGAAAAUGGUGGAGCCCGAGCCACCAGUCACACAUUGCCGAAUUAUGUACAGGCCCCAAGAUACGUUCGGUGUUGACAUGGCACAAAAACGAAAACGAGGCAUGCAGGACGACUACACUUGCAGAUGCCAGUACUGGACUAGCCGAAUUAAUAAUUACAUUCGUCAUCUCCGCGACCAUUGCCCAUUCAGCAAGGAUUUCUUUUCCUGGGAUGAAGGCAUGCUCAAAGAGGUAACAAAGGGUCAGAAACAAGGCGUUUCCAAGAAGAUGGAUGUGAAAACGGUGCCAGCUACACUAAUUGGCGGAGUAGCUGUGUCUGAGGGCAGAAAUGAUGUGUCAGGACAAUACACUCAUAGCAAUGCAAAAGAGAUCAAGGACAGCGCAAAGGGAAAUGCUCUUGCCAAGCCGCCAAUCGAACCUAGGGACGGAGGGUCUACAGUUGCACCGGUCUCUCGCGGAAAAUAUCGUCGAGGAGGAGCCUGUGCCGGCGACGAUCGGCCAACGCCAGGCGAUGAAGUUGGCGAUGCCACGGUAUCCGCCAGACUUGGUUUCCGGAAGCAUGACAUUGUCUGGGCGGACCUUGGCAAAGGAGUGCACUGGCCUGCACUCGUGCUUAGCAUUCGCAACCGUGGCUUGCAGGGUAAGGCGCGGGUGAACACGAUGCAAGUGAAGGUCUAUCUGGUUCACGACGGAGAGACGCGGACUCUUCCUAUAUCAAAAGUUGACGGCUUCGAUUCUGCACGCCGUCAUAAUUAUUUAGAAAUUGGACGGGGAGGUCGCGGGGCACUCGCGGUAGACCACGCGAGGGCCGCCCAGAAAGCAGACAAGUUUCUCCGCGAGAGAGUUCUAGGCACCAACAUCGAUCCCAUAAGGUUCUUCUGUCUUGGUGAAACAAAACUGAUUGAGGAUCAGGAGAGUUCAACAUCUUCAUCCGAUGAAGAUGAGGGUGUUACUGAGGAGAUUGGGGGUGAUGGUGCAGGAACACCGCCGAAGUGGGCGUUACCCGAAAUCGAGCUAGACCCCGUAACAGCAGGCGACCAGCAGAAGAACAACGGUGGCAGCAGCAAUAGCGGUAACGAUAUAGUGCAAGCGUUGCAUAUCGUUAAGAAGGCGAAGCGGCGUCGCAAGUUAAACAACAAUGCCCUCGUAGAAUUUAUUGUCAAUGGAAAAGUUGAGCCGCACCUCGUUGGCAUCUAUAGGGGAACGGUUCCUUCUGAACGUCAUGCUUCAUUUAUGAGUGCGGACGAAGCUCGUCGUAGCGCGCUCAAGAAAAGUACGUCAUGGGGCCCCGUUGAUGAUGUGGGCCAACAGGAAGCCGUCUUCGAGUAUUGUGAAGAUCUUAUUCAGCGGUCCGCUGGUGAUAGUGAGGGCACUCCUGGCUCUGAGAGUGGCAGCGAGCAACUCGAUAAACAUACCUACGCCUUUGAAGUCUUUUGUCCGGAAGCUAUUACAAAAGCAAUUUCAAGGCUAGCACGUGUUGGCAUGGAAACAGCGGCCCAGUUAUUUCUCAAAGGUCAUGAACAGAGCAAGCAGUUUAGUGAAAUCCAGGACAUAGCCACAAAGGAGCAGGAAUUGGAACGCGCUGCGCAAAAAAGCAAAGAAGAAGCAAUAGAACGGGAACGACAGGCCAAGACUACGACGGCUACUGAUAUCAUCGCCAGUACUGGCAACCAGCAAAGUGUGUCCGAAGACAUUGCGCAGGACCGUGGAGAGGCCGAAGUGGGCGAAAAGAAAAGCGUUGAGGGCGAGGGUCGGUCAGAACAGCUGAACACCGGUGAUGUCGUUCGUGAAGAACUCGAACGACUGGGCGUUGACCAAAAGUUAUUAGAGGUACUCGACAAGGACGAUGCUUAGAUGGAUUCAAACAAACAUUAAUUUUUCGGGGAAAACUCGUAGCAAAGAGAAUCCGAGCUGAUUUCUACACUGGCCUAUUCGCGACGAAUUUAACAUUCGUUACAGACCUUACAUUUGCUGUAACGGAAGCAGACAUAUUCCAUAAAAUUUUUAUCUAGCUUCGCAACUAUGCGUAUCUAGCAGGACAUCGAGCGCCGACUAGACUCAAUUGUGCAGUUGAAGAUAUUCAUCUUGCGAACAGAACCACCUUAUAGUGGGCGGCUCUCAGUCUUCGCUAUUUUGAACCCUGACCAGGCGUAUGUCUACAUUAGUGUAUAGGAGAGAAUGCGACUAUUGGCAGACAAUGAGCGCAACAAAGCCUCGCGUAACAACUAUCCGGUUUGCCCCCUGAAGAACACUCCAUUAGAUCCUAAUACAUAUAUGAUCCAUUGUUGUAACAAAACAAUCGGCUUUGUAAAGCGGAAGUCAGCUACUUGGUGCCGACGUUUUGACAGAUGAGUCUAUCAUAGUAUGCAUACAGUUUAGCUGCACCUCGUACGACUCAUGUCGAAGUGUAUUGUCACAUGUAAAUUUAUACAGAUUAGUCGUAGCAAGGUUUAGCAACCGGCUCUUUCUAUAUUUUCGAACUUAGCCGCGAUUGUACUCUAUCGUAGUCCAGGGAUGAACAAUAGCAAAAACAGGCUCAAGUUAACCCUGCGUCCGUUUCUUAACGUGUGCGACAAACAUCUCUGUUAUGAAGCCACAACCACAGUUAAAUAUCUUGAGUCCUGCUUUACCUAUCGUGUGCAUUGUUGUGUUCUAAUGGAUCUAUCCUGCAAGAUGCUUCAACUACAAUGGCCGUAUCAGCACGCCCGUUAUUAGCAUUCAAGGCUGAACUCAUUCAUCUUCGACAAGCAUUGUUGUCGACUUCUUGGGUCAGACAGUAUGUAAACGUUCUCCCAUAGAAAGCAUAACCAAGUAUAGCGUAUUAUUAUUAUACGUAUAGUCAGAGUAACUGUUUUGUAGUCCUGUCAUUAAUUCAUUCAUUCAUACUUCAUUCUGGCUUCAGUUAGCACAAAUAUGCAUGCCGUACGUGUUUAACUUUUAGAUACUACCAAAAACAAAAAAAAGUUGUUGGACUAGGAGUGAUUAUACAGCAACUACUUUACAAUUAAAUUCAGAUGUAACUUUUUUUUUUAAAUAAUCAGAUCAAGUUGUAUGAAAACACCGACCUUUGUGUUCUUUACCAUUUUAGCACACGACUCCCCAAAAUAUUGUUUAUUGACCGAGCGUACGGUUUUUUUUGUAACUUUGGUUUCAUUGUUACUUUCGAAGCUCAAGCUUUUGUUAAAGUGACGCAAAGUGCAGCGAGAUUGAAAUAUUCGUGCACACGUACAUACAGAAGCACACCACUGUAUUGGCACAAAUAUUUCAUUAAGUUCUGUCCGUGCAUUCUACAGAACUAAUGAAGCAAUCUUCAUAGGUCUCAUUCACAAUAUGCCUAUCCUUUAUGUUAGUCAGUGGAAAUAUAUAUAUAUAUAUAUAUAUGAAAGGUACCAUUUUUGUUAUUGUCAAUUAUCAAUGAAUGUAUUAGCAACCGAAAAAAUAAUAAUGACGAUAACUAUAUAAAUAAUAAAAUAAGCGAGAUUUUGUA